UUUCUUUUUCACCUGUUUUAUGUGCCCUUUAAUGACUUCUGAACGUGGGUAAGAAUAGCAACACAUGUAAACAGUUUGACCAGGGUGUGUGCGCGCUGGAGAGAGGGUGGACCAUUACAGUGCUAAUGCAUAGACAUUUGGGCUAUAAAAUACUUCUCUUCUGAGAAUCGUAUUUAGAAAGAGAUGUUUAUGAUUUAACAAAGGAAUUCUGUAAAGUGUUCCCUGGUGCUGACACUGUUCUUAAUAGGAGAUCCUGUUAGGAGGGGGAUAAAAUGAUCAACAAGUCUUUUAAAUUGUGCUUCUUUAAAACGCACAGGGGGGAACUACCUUUAUGGGGGCUUGUUCGUUUGCAAAUUAAAACAAGGGCUUCAUUCGCUGACUUUCCCAACCAGGCAGCGUUAUUGGAAAGGGUAGGUAGGGAAGGCAGCGUGUGGCAAUAAAGGGGUUAAUCCUCAGAGCACAGAGCCAUCUGGCUGAGCUGGUUUGUUAUAAUCGAGCAGAUUAUGUUCACGGGACUCAGAGUUUAAGGCUCCUCUCCCAUAGAGCAGCUCUGCACAGCCCAAGCAAACCAACUUUGGGACUUUGAAUGAACAUAUUUACAUCAACCUCUCUCUUCAUGUCGACUUUUCUGGAAACAUUCACACGGAUGCCAUGGUUACUCCUACCACGAUCUUACAGGUGAACAAGGUGAUGUCCAUCUUGUUUUAUGUGAUAUUUCUUGCUUAUCUUCGUGGCAUCCAAUCUACCAACAUGGAUCAAAGGAGUUUGCCAGAAGAUUCAAUAAAUUCUCUCAUUAUUAAACUCAUUCAGGCAGACAUUUUGAAAAACAAGCUCUCCAAGCAGAUGGUGGAUAUCAAGGAAAACUAUCAAAACACAAUGCAGAAAACAGAGGCUCAACAGGACGUGGAUGGAGUUGAAAAUGUGAAAUCAGACUUCCAGCCAGUUAUCUCAAUGGAUGCAGAACUAUUAAGGCAACAGAAACGCUACAAUUCUCCCCGAGUCCUCUUGAGUGACAAUACCCCAUUGGAACCUCCACCUUUGUAUCUUAUGGAAGAUUAUAUUGGAAAUUCUGUAGUGGUGAACAGAACCUCCAGGAGGAAAAGGUAUGCAGAACAUAAGAGCCAUCGAGGGGAAUAUUCUGUAUGUGACAGUGAAAGUUUAUGGGUCACGGACAAAUCAUCCGCUAUUGACAUUAGAGGACACCAGGUAACUGUGCUAGGAGAAAUUAAAACAGGCAACUCUCCCGUCAAACAAUAUUUUUAUGAAACAAGGUGUAAAGCAGCCAAACCGGUAAAAAAUGGCUGCCGUGGCAUUGACGAUAAACACUGGAACUCCCAGUGCAAAACAUCCCAAACGUAUGUAAGAGCACUGACUUCGGAAAACAAUAAACUCGUAGGCUGGCGAUGGAUAAGAAUAGACACAUCCUGCGUGUGUGCGUUGUCGAGAAAAAUAGGAAGAACAUAAGUCUGCAUUUCUUUGCUAUAUAAAUUAUUACUUUAAAUUAUGAUAUGCAUGUAGCAUAUAAAUGUUUAUAUGGUUUUAUAUAUUAUAAGUUGACCUUAUUUAUUAAACUUCAGCAAACCUACAGUAUAUAAGCUUUCUCUCUCAAUAAAUAGGAGUAAAAAGGCAUGUGCCUCAGCUGUGGGCAGCUGCAGUUUUAUUAGAAUAUGUUUGUGACUCUGCUUAUCAGCAGCAUACCAUAAUCUUACUGUAAAAUCUGUGUAACAUCAGUAUUUUUCAUUCAGUAUUGUCAAGCCAGUGACUGUCAUUUAGUAAACUUGUUAAAAAUCAGAUAAAUGUCAAGAGUUGUGUACCCAUUUCUAUCCCCUGCUAUCUAUUUUCACAAGACAAAGUGGGUGAGGCAAUAUAUUUUAUUGGAGCAACUUCUGCUGGUGGAAAAAAAACAAACUUUCGAGCUACACAGAGUUCUUCUUCAAGCCCAGACCUGAAGAAUAACUUUGUGUACGUCAAAAGCUUCUCCCUCUCACCAACAGAAGUUACUCCAAUAAAAGGUAUUACCUCACCCACCUUGUCUCUCCAAUAUCCUGGGACCAACACAGCUACAACAACACUGCAAACCACAUAUAUUUUCAUAUUUAAUUAAAAGUGUUAAUUCCUCACCACUGAAAGGAAAACAACAUGGCCUACAGCUAACAUUAACAUUCCAGCCAUUGACUAGCUGUAAAAUACAUUUUCUGUAUGUCAUGCCAGUUUUGCCACUAGAAUUACUGUUGUUUUUCCUCUGUUAGCGUUCCAGAACUGCUGCUAAUAACCCAGCAAUUCUACUUUAGGUUUUUGAAGCACAUUUGUUUUGUAACUGGUUUUUAAUGCUGCCAAUUCCUUUUAGAAGUAAUAGGAAAAAAUCUAAAAUAUUUGUAACAGAACCUUACCAAUGCCAAGAAGCAAUCUAAGUGGAUCAUUAAUAUAAUAUAUAAAAGAUGAUUUCUUUAGAGUGUACUAUUUAUUGUGAUCAGGUUCCUCCUCUCCAGUAAUCUAUUAACUCUGCUGCAUCAUUAGAUUGUUUCUUUCUGCCUGGGGUUUUUAAAUUAGAAACAAAACCAUUGGUGUCUUAAUAUUAAAAGAAGCCUGGGUUUAGAGUUCUAGCAAAGAAGAAUACAGUCUUGGAGUAGAUGUCAAAUCUGCACUUUCAUUCAAACUGCAAUGCUGGUCAGCAUCAAUUGCUGAUUUUUCAUGGAGAAAAACAUCUGUAGAAAUGCUCAACAAACCUGGUAUUUUAUGGGGAUCAUUGAAGAAUUACUGUUUUCUGUGUGGCAUGUGAUUAAGAAUCAGGUUCUCAAGUAGGCAAUAGUUAAAGUGAAACUGCAGUGUCAUACAGAUGAGUUAACACUUAUACAAAAAUAAAUGUACUGCUACAUACCUCAUAUAGACAUUUCUAAAUUCUGUGCACAAAACAUGUUCAAUUCUUUGCAUUUUUAUGUAGAAGCAACAUAUAUAUGCACUGAGCAAAAACUUUAGCCAUUCUAAAAUGGAGCAGCUCUAUGGAAGACCGUGUAAACCACAUUAUACCAUGGACCAGACCUUGCUUCCAUUAAAGCAUAUGGAAGUUUAAUCACUGACAGCAAUGGUUCGAGUAAGUUUAAGCUCCCUAUAUUAUCUAUAUCUGGUUGGAUCUUAAGAAUAACACAACCAGGGAGUCCAAAACUGCCCUCAAUUUAAUAGACAUCACAAUUGCAAUACACCAAUUCAAAUUGUUAAAUGAGCACUUUCUCCUUUGCAUUUAACAUUCAUAAAUUAAAAAAAGAACUACAGCACCAAAACAGUAGGUGGCCUGAUGGCUUUGUACCUAUAUCUUUUCACCACUGGAGAACCAGGUUCAAAUCCUCAAUAAGUCACAAGAGGAAAUGAAUUGGGUGGUCUCUCUAAUCCCCUAUGGACUGUGUAACACAUCAUAAAAACACUGCAGAGCUGGUCCAGAUUGCUCAUGAGGCCAAGGAUUGGGAUAGCUGUAAGCCAGGAUUGGAACACACAGGCAGGACUGUGUGAGGAGGAUUGUAUACAGAGCCUGACAGCAUUAGGUGUGUCUCCCACUAGACCCCUGAUCUUAUAAGGUGCAAAAAACUCUCAGGUCCCCAGUCAGGUUGCUCAGUACCUCACAGGAGACAUCCAGCACUUUGCAGGAUUAAACCCUAAAUUCACCUUCAGUGAGGGCGAUCAAAGAGCGCUAUAGAACGUUUAGUGCCCAGUAGCAGGGUCCAUAUCAAUGGUAAGUGCGCGACAAUCUGCUGCGAGGGAGAUAGCACGCAGCAAGCUGGGGUAUACAACUGUUCAUCUAGACUAGCCCUCAAUAUCUAAUAGAGGUGGUUACAAUCCCCCCCCCUCUUUGGAGCAUUUCAAUUAAAAAAAUUAAACAUUCAUUUUUACUGACAUUUUCAGUGUAAAAUUUUGACUUUUAAUUGAAAAAAACCAAACCAAUUGUUUUUCUGCCAAAAAAAAAAUUCUGUUUCCCACUGAAAAAGGGGAAAAUGUUGAGGAAAGUAGAUGCUUUCAAUGAAAAUAUGCAUUUAAUCAAAUCCCAAAUUUUCCAUUUAAUAAAAAGAAAAGUUUUGAUGGAAAAUUUUCAGCCAGCUUUGGUAUCUAAGCUAUUCAGAGACAAGCAGGCAGCCUUACAUUCAGGGGUCUUGGCAUUCAGUGUCCAGUGUAUGUCUAUAUCUAUGCGCUAAAUGAAGUGGUGAAACUAACUGAGCUUGUUAGACACUGCUACUUACUUGAAAAGACUCAUCAUCAUUUCCAUUUGCUUUAGUGAGUCUGUUGCCACUGAAGGGGUAGAUUCUGCUUUCAGUUACACUAGUGUAAAUCCACAGUCAUUCCACUGAAAUCAAUGGAGACACAGUAAUUCUAUUGUAGUCAGAUUUACACCAACGUACUUAACAUCAGAAUCUGGCCCAAAGCUCUUUGGAAAUCAAAAAAAUUAACUCUGGAAAAAAUCAUUUACUGCUUUCUAAUGUAAAUCAUGUAAUUAGAACUGGCACCAGGACUCUAACUUUAUCAAAGUACGGAGUGUUUUGCAAGUGGAAGAAGAAAGUUGCAGAGAAAAUAUGGUAUAGUGCUGAUCAUCUGAAAUGUAUUACAUGACAAAGAAACAUGGUGCAUAAGGUUAUUAGAUUGACUGCCUCAUUCCCACCUUAGUAUAACAAUGAAAAGAAGUGUUACCCUUAGGCUCUGAUCCAACUCCUACUAAAGUCAAUGGAACAAUUGCCACUGAUUUCAAAGGAAAUUGGAUCGGGACCUGAGUGAAGAAAAGCUACAGAUUUCAACAGUGCUGCAGUGUAAUUGUAUGCGUCAGUUACAUGUUUUUAUAAAUCCUGUGUGUAAGAUUUCCUGUGUAUAUUUUACAGCACAUAAGCAUACAAAGCCUGUGCUAAAUGCAUAGGGUCUGAUCCCGCGCAGUCACUGUAGUCAGGGAGAGUUCUGUUUGCUAUUGACGUCAGUGGUGGCUCAAGGAGGUCCAAAGUUCUCUAGCCAACCUCUUUGUAUCAAUUGUUUAAAUGAAAUAAGUAGCCCAAUAGUACGUUGUAAAUUUGGGUCUUUUUAAACUCACUCCCAUUAGGCAGCUGAGAUAACUGUCAAUAUUGUUUCCCCAAAAUUUUACAUUAUAAAUACAUGAUUUUGUUGCAAAAAUGAUUGGCCGAUAUGCUGGGUUUGCCUAUCUAUCUGUGUCAAACUGUGUUUUCUCUAAUUUUUUCUUGUUCUUUUACAGUCCAUUUGGUAAUUGUAAAAAUGCUCCACUGAGGUUUUGAGAAACCAUCUGCAUUUAUUUUAUCACCUUUGAACAUGUGUUCAGGAAUGAAGUCUGUGUAGCCAGUUUACUGCUACCUAGAGAUUUGCGCUGCUACACCAGGAAGAAACAUUGACUGGGUUGUACAGUGUGUGUGUGCUCAAAACCACUCUUAAUAUUCUGUUAUUUCAAUGAGUUAGCAAUCCGAGUUUCUCGCUCAAAUAUAUGUUGUGUAUCUGCAGACAAUACAUAACAGGAAACAAGUUUGAUUUGGAGUUCAAAAUUAAGCAUUUAAUGAUAAUGACCUUGCUUUUUUGACCUUUCAGCAAAUACAUUUUUACAACAAACUGAAAUGUAUAACCAUCCAUUUUGGUUAAUAGAAACAUUGUGGCAAAAAUCAAUAGGAUUCUGUGUUCCCCACACUCAGGACGCCUAUGUAAUUCAUCAUGCAUGUGGCGGGGGGAGAACAGGCCCUGCAGCUUGUGAGAAGUGAAGAGAAGUGAGCUGGGUCAGAGCCGGUUGUAAGUAUGGAGGGGUUGUUUUCCAAAAUGCUUUGCCUGUAUUUUGUUACAGCAGAUGGCAGAAUGAUGAAGCAAGCACAGAUGUGAUGUAAAAAAAAGUCAACCAGUGCCACAGCUAACAAAACCUUUCUUAGGAGAGUCUGCAAUUUGCUACUGCUGUAGGCAUGAGGAGUUGUUUUAACCAGGUUGUUACCUAGUUCUGCAAUGACAUUCCCUAUUAAAUUAUUUCAAUAAAUUUUCCUUUUUUUGCCACAGAAGUUCUCUGGAUAUUGUCAAAUUAGCAAGUUAAAAAUAUUUUUUGUAAUCUUUAGCUGCUUUGGUAUCACUGACGAGCUGUAUGUUUAGAAAGGUAAUGCUUUACACGAAGGUUCCCAAAUUACCAUGAGGGCCAGAUCCUGCAAUAGGCACAGCCAUUUUGAGCCACAUCACUGCCAGAUUCUGGCCACCACAAGAGCAUCCUCCAGUGCCAUCAAGCUAGCACACAAGCUCCUACGCUUCCACCUAUCUGCUGCUGUCAUAAUAGAGGUCAUGGCUGGAUGAAAGGCUCAGAGUGGGACACCCCAGGCUGAACAGAACACUGGCUGCCAUUUUGGCCCUGGGGAACCUACUACAGCAGUCUGAAUAAGUCAGAGCAUGCUCAGGCUGUUCUUACUUACACCUAGGAAUUGGCUCUGUGCACAGUGGCCUCAGGAUCAAAAGAGGGCAAAAAUGAUCCCUAGACCAUCAUUAGUUCCAUGCCGAACCACACCGACACCCUUGUCCUGCACAGUGUGUUCCUCAGUUGUAGACAGCAGGGCAACCCGGGGGUGGAGGGGCAAGUGGGGCAAUUUUCCCCAGGCCCGGGGCCCCGCGAGCCC